UUAUUUUGUACUUCACUGGCUUCCGUUUGUGUCGUGUUGUUUAUCGCUGUCUUCGGGUUAAUGUUGUAAUAUUAUUGUGUAUUUUACAUUGGUCCGGACGGUCCAGUUGUAUUUUCCAUCGUGUUUCUGACCAUCAGGAUGAUCCCAACCGAAGACGCGUCCGCCAGAAAGCGGGAGAUUGAGGAGAAACUCAAACAGGAGCAAGAAACGCUUUCUUUUAUCCGUGAAAGCCUGGAGAAGAGUGAUCAGCUCACUAAAGGAAUGGUGUCCAUCCUGUCGUCAUUUGAGAGUCGUCUGAUGCAGCUGGAAAACUCCAUCAUCCCGGUUCACAAGCAGACGGAGAAUCUGCAGCGGCUGCAGGAGAAUGUGGAUAAAACACUGUCCAACAUGGAUCACGUCAUCAGCUACUAUCACGUGGCCAAAGACACUGACAAGAUCAUCCGGGAAGGACCUGCUGGUCGCCUGUACGAGUAUCUGGCCUGCAUUGCAAAGAUCCAGAAAGCUGUGGAGUAUUUUCAGGACAACAACCCUGACAGCCCUGAGCUUAACACCGUGAAAGCUCGCUUUGAGAAAGGGAAGGAGCUGCUGGAGGCUGAGUUUCGCAGUCUGCUAACGCGCUACAGUAAGCCAGUGCCCCCCGUCCUCAUCCUGGACGCCAUCGGAGGAGACGAGGACAUGGAGGUGCAGGAGGAGGUGACGCUGGAGCACCUGCCCGAAGCUGUCCUGCAGGACAUCAUCUGCAUCUCUGCGUGGCUGGUGGAGUACGGACGCAACCAAGACUUCAUGAACGUGUAUUUCCAGGUCCGCUCCAGUCAGCUGGAUCGCUCCAUUAAAGGCCUGAAGGAGCAUUUCCGUAAAAACAGCGCCACCUCCGCCAUCCACUCGCCCGCCGUCCAGACCAAACGCAAGGAGACACCCACCAAGAAGGCCCCCAAAAGACCAGGCACCAUUCGUAAGGCUCAGAAUCUGCUCAAACAGUACUCUCAGCAUGGCCUGGAUGGAAAAAAGGGUUCUAACCUCACCCCUCUGGAAGGUUUCGAGCAUGACCUGCGGGGGGUCAAGCACCUGUCUGAUGAAAAGCACGGGGCGACUGCAGGGAAAGAUGAUGUGCUGGACAUCGAGAUCGACUCCUACAUCCACUGCAUCAGUGCGUUUGUGAAGCUGGCUCAGAGUGAAUACGCUUUACUGACCGAGAUCAUUCCUGAACACCACCAGAAGAAAACCUUCGACUCGCUCAUUCAGGAAGCGCUGGAUAAUUUAAUGCUGGAAGGUGAUAAUAUCGUGUCUGCUGCGCGUCGAGCCAUCAUGAGACACGAUUACUCCGCCGUUCUGACCAUCUUCCCCAUCUUACGGCAUCUCAAACAGACCAAACCAGACUUCGAUGCCACACUGCAGGGAACAGCGGCGAGCACCAAAAACAAGCUGCCGGCGCUCAUCACCUCUAUGGAGACUAUUGGAGCGAAAGCACUGGAAGAGUUUGCUGACAGCAUUAAGAAUGAUCCGGAUAAAGAGUACAACAUGCCGAAAGAUGGAACUGUGCAUGAGCUGACCAGCAAUGCAAUCCUGUUUCUGCAGCAGCUGCUGGAUUUCCAGGAAACAGCAGGAGCGAUGCUGGCGUCUCAGGAGAGCAGCUCUUCAGCCAGCAGCUACAGCUCUGAGUUCAGCCGCAAACUGUUGAGCACAUACAUCUAUAAAGUCCUGGGUAAUCUGCAGCUGAAUCUGUCAAAUAAAGCUAAAGUGUAUGAAGAUCCAGCCCUGCGCGCCAUUUUCCUUCAUAACAACUACAACUACAUCCUCAAAUCCCUGGAGAAGUCAGAGUUGAUUCAGCUGGUGGCUGUGACUGUGAAGAAGGUGGAGAGUUCCUACAGAGAGCUGAUCGAGCAGGAGAUCCAGAACUACCAGCGCAGCUGGCUGAGGGUCACAGAGCAUCUCGCAGAGAGGAACAUCCCAGAUUUCCAGCCGGGAGCCAAACUGAAAGAUAAAGAACGACAGAUCAUCAAGGACAAGUUCAAGGGUUUUAAUGAUGGUCUGGAGGAGCUGUGUAAGAUCCAGAAGGGCUGGGCAGUUCCUGAUAAAGAGCAGCGCGACACCAUCAGACACGCUCAGAAGAGGGUCGUCUCACUCACUUAUAAAGCCUUCCUACAGCGAUGUGCGAACAUUUCAUUCACCAAGAAUCCAGAGAAAUAUCACCGCUACUCCCCGGAGCAGGUGGAGGACAUGAUCGACCGGCUGUUCGACACUUCAGCUUAGACACGCACACACACUCUCUCUGUCUCUCCUGCUUCACUACACACUACUCCACUGUAACGCCACUGCUCACUUCUGCUCCUGUUUUUGUAUAAAUGUAUUUAUGUAUAUGUCUAUGGGGGAUUUAACUGCGGUAAAUAAAGAAUUUCCUCCUAAAU